UUGGAAGAUUGAAAGGCAGAGAGAUUUGGCAUUCUAUUGAAAAGGGGGUACAGUUAGAGCAGACACUGCCGCUCCAAAGUAGCUUAGAACCACGUAUAGCAGCUCACGAGGGUUGUGCAAAACUUAGUUGGCAUGAUCUAUUGAGCUACGCAAAGUCAUUUCCUUCCUCCGGCGCACUUCACUAUCAAGAGUCAUGGAGAAGAUGCUUGUGAACGUAAAGAAAUGGGUAGAAGAAAACAGAGCUGCCUUCUUGCCUCCAGUAUGCAAUAAGCUCAUGCACCAUUAUCAGCUCAACGUAAUGUUUGUUGGUGGGCCAAACCAAAGGAAGGAUUAUCAUAUUGAAGAAGGAGAAGAGUUGUUCUACCAGCUGGAAGGAGAUAUGUGCCUGAAGAUAAUAGAGAAUGGAAAACACAAGGAUAUCUACAUUAAAGAAGGAGAGAUGUUCCUCUUACCAGCCAGGAUACCGCAUUCCCCUCAGAGAUUCGCAAAUACUGUGGGAUUGGUUAUUGAGAGAAAAAGAUUAAGGACUGAAACCGAUGGACUCAGAUACUACGUUGGAGAAUCAACCAAUGUCCUUUUUGAGAGAUGGUUUUACUGUGAAGACCUUGGCACACAACUUAUCCCAAUAAUCCAAGAGUUUUUCAGCUCAAGGCAGUAUCAGACUGGAAAACCCAACCCAGAUGAACUUUUGAAAGAAACGCCUUUCCCGUUAAACAAAGCCAAGGUCAUGGAUCCUUUUUCCUUUCAAGGCUGGCUCAACGAUCAUCGUGAAGAGAUAGAUCAGAAGAAAUCCACCAGACUUUUUGGAGACAGCUCUGAAACUGAGGUUAUAAUUUUUGGACCAGGAAUAACCAAAGAGGGAGGAAAGAAUGCAGAUGUAUGGCUAUGGCAGCUGGAAGGCACAUCUGUUGUUACUGCUGACAGUAAUACCCUGUUCCUAGCAAAUGGAGACAGCCUUCUCAUCCCAGAACAGACUGCGUUUGCAGCGUUCGGGAGCCAAAACGUUCAAGUUGCAAGGCAUUUGACUUCUGAGGUACGAUUGUAUUUUAAAGAUUUAAUUAUACACCAUGCUGCUGCUGCUGCUGCUGCUGCUGCUGCUGCUGCUGUUGCUGUUGCUGUUGUUGUUGAGUUGGUGGUCCUAAUAUCUAUGGGAAUAGGGUGGCAUGCAAAUUUAAUAAAUAAAUAAAAUAAAUAUAUUUGCAAUUUAUUUAUUUAUUAAAAUGCUUGCUUAAUGGGACAUUCUUCAGAGUGACGAUAGCCAAUUCCACUCACCCUCUUGAUGCGGCAGCGUUGCAGGAUGGCAGAGGCUCUUCUAAGACCUCGAUGAGGGAUUUGAGGAUGGUGUCCUGCCCUGAUAGGGGGUCCGGGCUUAUGCCCAGGCCACCUAUCAGGAGCCAGAUCCUAGCCUGCACCAGGAAUUGGUGAAUGGGGGUGCAGGCUUGGACAAUGGGCUGGGCCGGGUGUGUGUGUGUGUGUGUGUGUGUGUGUGUGGCACUGACAGAGCAAGAAGGCUUCCCUCAGGUCUGUGCCCUGGCCAUUUAAACAGCCUCCACUUGCAGCCCUACCUUGCUUUUCCUUGCCGGGUUCCUCUCAUAGAAUCAUAGAGUUGGAACAGACCACAAGGGCCAUCCAGUCCAACCCCCUGCCAAGCAGGAAACACCAUCAAAGCAUUCCCGACAGAUGGCUGUCAAGCCUCUGCUUAAAGACCUCCAAAAGAGGAGACUCCAUCACACUCUUUGGCAGCGGAUUCCACUGCCGAACAGCUCUUACUGUCAGGAAGUUCUUCCUAAUGUUUAGGUGGAAUUUUCUUUCUUGUAGCUUGAAUCCAUUGCUCCGUGUCCACUUCUCUGGAGCAGCAGAAAACAACCUUUCUCCCUCUUCUAUAUGACAUCCUUUUAUAUAUUUGAACAUGGCUAUCAUAUCACCCCUUAACCUUCUCUUCUCCAGGCUAAACAUACCCAGCUCCCUAAGCCAUUCCUCAUAAGGCAUCGUUUCCAGGCCUUUGACCAUUUUGGUUGCCCUCCUCUGGACACGUUCCAGCUUGUCAGUAUCCUUUCUUGAACUGUGGUGCCCAGAACUGGACACAGUACUCCAGGUGAGGUCUGACCAGAGCGGAAUACAGUGGUACUAUUAUUUCCCUUGAUCUAGAUGCUAUGGUCCUAUUGAUGCAGCCCAGAAUUGCAUUGGCUUUUUUAGCUGCUGCAUCACACUGUUGACUCAUGUCAAGUCUGUAGUCUACCAAGACUCCUAGAUCCUUUUCACAUGUACUGCUCUCAAGCCAGGUGUCACCCAUCCUGUAUUUGUGCCUUUCAUUUUUUUUGCCCAAGUGUAGUACUUUACAUUUCUCCCUGUUAAAAUUCAUUUUGUUUGCUUUGGCCCAGUUGUCUAAUCUGUUAAGGUCAUUUUGAAGUAUGAUCCUGCCCUGUGGUGUAUUAGCCACCCCUCCCAAUUUGGUGUCAUCUGCAAACUUGCUCAGGAUGCCCUCAAGCCCAUCUUCCAAGUCAUUGAUAAAGAUGUUGAAUAAGAGUUCAAUUGAUAAAGAUGUAGAAUAAGAGAUGUACUCAUCGAGUUCAUUGUUAGAGCAUCAGAUUGGCUGCCUCGCCUGCCCCAGGGGAGUCAUGAUAGCCAAAUGUUUUGUGAGGGCUUUUGUUUUGCUUUUUGUAAUUUUGUUCCACAAGUCAAAUACAAAGCAUGAGAUUACAGCUGUAAUGCACAUUUAUAUCAGAGUAAACCUCACUGAUAUCAGUAGGAAUUUCCUCUGAGUGAUAUAGGUUCGUGUUGUCUGUCACAAACUAAGCAUUCCACCGCUGCCAUUCCACUCCUUCUAUUCUUGGAAUGCUUUUUACCUCUAAUCUACUGAACUAGAAAGGUGGGAGGUGAUACAGCACCGGAAAGGCAAGGAGGCUUAACUCUGUCCCAUAUUCAGGAGGACCACCGGCUUUCAAGUUCCUGUUCCAUGCCCUAAUAAUUUGUGACCCACACACCACAGAUUGCUUUCCUAUUUGGAAUUAAUGUGCUCUGUAUGUUUUACAGUUGGUAGAGCCUGGCUCUAUGAUGGGGAAUGGACACCUAGGGUCUCAUUGCUAUGAACUGCAUUGAAUCCCCCCAUAUGUUGAAUCUAUCCGAAUCCCUGGUGAGAUGUUCAUUCUCAGUCAUGGCAGUCCAGUCUCAAUACAACAAUAUAAUGUUUCCACUUAUUUUGGCAACACUCUGCAUAGCUGACUGCUCAAUUAAGCAAUGACAUUUCCCCUAAACUACCAUUUUACUUCUUUCCGUUGUGCUAGUUACCAGUAAUUAAAUUCAGGAGCAGGAGGUGAAGUGAGAGAUGGAGGGGAUUUGGUAUUUGUAAAAAGUGUUCAGCAUCCUCGAAAAUUCUUCUAGCAUUGUCAACAAGCAAUGAAUAACCUAAAGGGAGAGUUUAUUGUUAUCGGGCAACGAAAGCUUAGAGUCAAUCUGAAAAGAUUAACUGAUGUGGUUUAAAAAACAGCAGGAUCAGCCUUUUCAUAUAUAGGGUCCACAUCUGCCACUCAGCCCCAUUCUCUGUUUUGUU